GUUAUCUUACUGGUCACAGAACAGACCAAACCAGAUGAUCAUAAGACCUGAGGAAGACCUACCAUGACGAACUCCUUAUCACUGCUUCUCAAGAACCCUGUGCUUGUUGCAGUCAUUUUGGUCACAGGUAUUGGGGGGACGUUUCACUAUGGCUUCCACAUUUCUGUCCUCACCGCACCAUCAACUUACAUUAAAGAGCUGGUGAACAGCACAUGUGUGCAGAGGUAUGGCCUCUCUCUGGAGCACUGGCAGCUCUCACUUAUCUGGUCCUUCAUCGUCUCCUUGUAUAGCAUUGGGGGUCUGCUGGGCUCCCUGUGUACCGCGCGCAUCGUUGUGACCUACGGCAGGAAGAGAUGCCUGAUGCUGAACAAUAUGGUGGCCAUCUGUGGAUCCUUGCUGAUAGUGCUGAGCAAAACGGCACACUCCUUCGAGAUGAUCAUGAUCGGACGUCUCGUUUACGGCAUCAACUCAGGUGUAGCUCUAACAGCCCACACCAUGUAUGUGCUUGACUGCUCUCCAAAAGGUUUACGAGGAAUGGUCGGGGCUUCCGUGGGCAUCUUUGUCUCUCUGGGCAAGUUUUUUGGUCAGCUGCUUGGCAUCGGUGAGAUAUUGGGAACAGAAGCUUUGUGGCCCUUCUUGCUGUCUGUUUGUGCCUUGACUGCUCUUCUGCAGCUUGUCUCUUUGUACUUCCUGCCUGAGUCUCCACGCUACUUGCUGUUAGACCGGGGAGACAAAACUAGCUGUGAGAAAGCUCUGCAGCAACUGCGAGGUUCUCAUGCUGACUGCAAAUCAGAGGUCGAGGAUUUGUUAAGGGAGCAUGCGGCCCUGCAGGGCGUGAGAAACAAGAGCGUGUUGGAGCUCCUGUUCGCCCGCUCUGUGCGCUGGCAGCUACUCACCAUCAUCGUUACCUUCAUCACACUGCAGUUGUGUGGCAUCAACGCUGUUUAUCUGUACGCGAACGAUGUGUUCCGCGCAGCAGGAAUUCCGGCACACAACUUGCGCUAUGUGACUUUGGGGACAGGGUUGUGUGAAUUCUCUUCGGGAGUCAUCUGUGCGAUGGUAAUCGAGCACACAGGGAAGAAGUCACUGAUGAUUCGGGGUUAUGUCGGCAUGUCUGCUGCACUGCUACUGCUUACACUCACUCUGUACCUACAGGUUCACGUGUCGUGGAUGCCGUACUGCAGCAUGGUGCUCAUCUUCUUAUAUAUCAUCUUCUUCUGCAGUGGUCCAGCAUGUAUUACAGCGCCCCUGCCUGGUGAGCUUUUCACCCAGUCCUUCCAGUCAGCAGCGUUCACUGUGGCCUGCACUCUCAACUGGGUGGGGCUCUUCUCCGUGGGAAUGCUGUUUCCUUUCAUCGUGGAAUAUUUAGACUAUUUCUGCUUCCUCAUCUUUUUCGUGUUCUGCUUUGGCACGGCUCUCUUCGUGUGGUUCAAUGUACCCGAGACGAGGAACAAAUCCAUAAUGGAGAUCACGGCCGAGUUCGAGAGGAUUCAUGGCGGAGUUAAACACUCCGAGACCAAACUUGCUCUGCAAGAUGCAUUCAGACAGAGUAGACAUGGCACCAAACUCUGAUCUCUGAACUGAUUAAAAAACAACGUAUGUCGGUUAUUAAUAAGGUGAUAAAAAUGGCAAUAAAUAAAACAUCUAAAAAAAAAAAAAUAAAUAAAAGAAUUAUUCGUUUUUAGAAAUGUUUCUAAAUAACAUUGUAACAACUGUUAAGUAUCAGUUACAUACUGGUAUAUCCUUUACUAACACCCUUUUGACUGAAUGAAUCUCCACAAAAUCUAUUGGAACAUCUUCCCAGAAAAGUGGAGGUUAUUAUAACAGCAAAUAGGGACUAAAUAUGGAAUAGGAUGUUCAAAAAGCACACCGAAUCUUAUGCUCAGGUGUCCACAAAAUUUUGUCCAUACGGUUAUAGUUUACUCUACAUGGAAAAUCUUUAACUUGAUCCAUUUCAUUACCGCCAUUUUUCUUCAGUAAAUCAGAAAACACCCUGAAUUGAAGGAUAGUCUAUUGUAGGGCACCAUCCACACUUUCACACACUCAUUUACACUGAGGGGCAAUUUAGUGUUAUUGGUGUUUUCUGGUUAGGUUAAAGGAUGCAGGAACACCAGGAGGAAACCUACACUAACACGGGAAGAACAGGUCAAACUCUGGACAGCAUAACCCUACUUGAACACUCCAACUAGUCUCCUGUAUUCAGAAUUUGUACCUAGGUGCAUUUCUCAACACAGCAAUCAUGGCUUAAUGUACAUAAUGUUUGUGCAAGUGUCACUACUGGGUUGAGAAUAGUGUGUUCUUGCUGCGCUUUUAAGAUAACGCAAUCUCCAUGUGAAAAACGUG